AAAUUGUAAAUGUCAUUGCCACUUGAAAAAUCAUGUUUCCAUUGUUGUAUGGAUACUGGAUAUUCUAAUAUAUUGAUUCAUUGUUGGCCCAACUUUUUUUUAAAUCGGUCACGUUCAAAUAUCAGUAACUGACGCCAGAAUUCUGAGGAUGGAAGAAAUCCAGCAAGAACUCGUCAAAAAACUGGAAGAACUUGAUAACUACGUGCGAGAGCACGUUGAAGUAUUGCUUGAUUUAACAACCAAGGCAGAUGCGGAGGAAAAAGUUGCAUCUUCCAUCAAAUCUGCAGAGGAGAGAUCUGUGACUGAAAAGCUCGGUGUGCUGACUCUGCUUCCAGGAUGGCUGGAGACGUUGCAGAAGUCACUACAAGAGUUCGCUGCAGUUGCCAAGAGCAUUCAGCCUCAACCAGCAGAUCCAGAGCGGAAACUGACAGCAACGGGACUUUUCCCUGACCCUGAGCAGUACCAACGCAGGCUGACUGAAUUUCGUGAACUUCAGUCUGAGAAACAAAAAUUCAGAUCCACAGUGGCUUUAUUGGAGAGCAGGACCACUGUCGAGAAUCUUGCCGACUCUGCUUCGGCUAUUGGCCAGUCGGAUCGGGUAGGAAGCAAAGAGGAGACAAAAAAGGAAUGUUGCUUCCUGUUGAUGAGGGGCUUUCCAAUUGAAGGAAUCGUCGAAAGGCUGGAGGACCUGCUUGACGAAAAGUGGACGAAAGCAGUGAGCCCCAAAAAACUCAAGAGAGAAGCCGAGCGUCAGUUAGCUUUGAAUGAAACGGAAAUUGAAGAAUAUGUUACAAGAAGAAACUCCAGUCGGUCUCUUGGCCAUGUUGUCCACAGACUGUUGGCAUCAAAGUACCCCAGGCCCCCAGUACCCCCUGGCGAAAGACUCCCUAGGCUCAAAGUGAUGGCCUUGCUCAUGGGGUUGGAUAACCAAGAUUCAAUCUUGCACCUGGCAAAAGUGGUUUCUGAUGCAAAAGUGAUUGUCGUCCAGCUACAAGACGCUCUGGAAUCCUGCAUCGAGGCAUACAGAACUGAAGGUCCAGGGAUUCCGCUUCUCGAGUCCCGGGAGCCCCCUACAAACACCCCUGAGCCUGAGCAAGUGACUCCGACCGCUUGCUUGAUUCCUCAUGCUCUCCUAGAGGAGCUGAAGGCCAUGGAGCCACCACCAAAACAGAAAGAAGUUGAAACUCAAACCGGUCCAGAAGUGAUACCGUGUCUGAGCAUGGCUGCAUCUCUUGGAAAGCAAGCGCUGGAAGUUUUGCGACUCAAAGAGCCCCUGUCCGACUGGCUCAUCACAGCUAUGCUCAUUGAGCACCUCCACCAUGCAACUUCCCAGGGAGCACUUGGAUGGAUAUUGGUCAAUUUUCCGGCUUCAUUCGACCAAGUCCGACUGUUUGAGGCUUCAAUCACAGGUCAAUGGGUUCCAAAUCCAGACAAACCUAAUGAAGAUCAAGGUGGGCGGACGUCCUUGGUUCAGUCCAAAAUCGUUUGCGAUCCCAAUUCCCCUGUGGAGGCUGACCGUCCAUUUUGCACUGUGUUCACCUCAGUGGUUGCCGUUUCACCAACAGAACCCCCACCAGUCGUGUCUCUGGUUAAUGAAGUUUACCUGAGGCAGGACGUAUUUGCUUGUGUCCAUUGUGUCCAGUUUGAAGAGAGCGCCAUCAAAGACCUGGCCGAAAUGCUUUUACGAGCUUCGCCGCACCCUCCUGCCGAGCCAAUAGCUCUCCAAAGUGAAAGCACAGUGCCAGACUUCAAUAUUCCUUCUGAUCUGAAACUUGGAAUGGUUGCUCUUUGGGAGGCUCUUGAAACAGCCUACCUUGCACGUCUGCACAGAGUCGCGCUGACUAGAAGAACUAUGCAAGUCUGUUUUGCUCGUCACUUGUCUUCGGUGAAAACUCGGUUCGGAAAAUUUCUGGGCAGAGAAGACAGCAUUCAAACAGUGCUGGAUUUGUUUGCUGGUCGAUACAAAGAAGUGCCUAGACCGUGGGAUGAAGAGUCAAAAUCAGAGAUGGUGAAGAGGAUUGAACAACUGAAUGAGACUAUCUAUGGCCAAAUUGAGACCAAAAGGCGCGAAGCUUCAGAAGAGAUUAACGAGAUUGCUGAGAAGUCGAUCCUGGCGCGCCUUCUCAUAGAAAAGUUGCAAGUGGCUGCAGCUGUUGCUCAACUUGAACUGGAUCGCUUUGUGGAUACAGUUGCACUACUGCAAGACUUCUCUUAUGCAUCACUGGAAAAGAUUCCCCCAAAUGCCAGCAAGAGUGUACGAUAUGAAGUGCCAAAAGUAAUUGGAGCCGAAGUUGGAGACGAAUGGACAAACUUGGUGGCAAAGACACUCAUUGCAGAUGAAUUCCCUGACGAAUGGAUGCCUGAAGAGUUUGCUGACUAUUUAUCCUCGGUCGUUGAUUCAGCCAGGACAAAUGUCGAAAAGUUGACUGGAUCGCAGAAAAUCGAAAUCGACAAAAUGGAGAAGGAAUUUCAGCCAAAGCCUCAGAAAGGCAAGGGUGCAAAGGAUAAAGGAGCCAAAGCCAAAAAGGGAAAAGGCCCCACUGUUGAUGAUGUUCCGAGCUUGGCAGACUUAGAAGCGGAGCGGUUUGCGGCAAAAAGAAUAUUUUUUCUUCAAGAGUGGCGCAGCAUGGUCGAAAACGAGGCAGAGCUUACAAUUAAUGCAAUUGAACGUGAAACUGAGAGGCAAAAAGAAGAGGCUGAAACACUUGCGAGGAAGCUUUGGGGUAGUGCCUUCCAGAUAAUGCGCACGGCUGCAGACUUGCAGAAAAGCUCUGAGAGCGAUUCUUUGCGAGAACUGAAAGAAUUCCUGGACACUGUGGUUGAAGCCGAAGCUGAAAUCAAGGACACCAUCUUAUUCCCAAGGAAGACCCGUUACCUGAGCUACCUGCAACGACCUGAUGCACCUGCCCCCGUCACUCGGCCAAGGAACUUCUACCAAGAACUGCACGAUUUGGUCAAAGUCCUUAAGCGUCUUGCUCCGGACGGUCGCAUACUCCUGUCCGGUCUUGUUUACUUGCUGCACCAAUCAGCAUCUGCUGGCAAACACUUGCCUCAAAACUGGCGAGAACUGGACAAAGAGGGCAUACACGAAGUGUUGAAGGACUUUCUGAAUGGUGACACGAUUGUAGACUGGCGUUCGUUGGUUGUCGCUCUGCUGGAGUUGCCCAUUGCGAGUCAGCAACAACUUUUGCUGGCUCUGCAGAAGCUGCGCCUGGGCACAAGAAAGAAGUUCGUCGAGUCUAAAAUUUGGAUGGACACCAUGUUUGCUGACGAGGAUGAGGCUGCAGAGGCAAAGAAUUUGAUAUUUGAUGUUUACUGCCCCAAAGACGACGACAAUUCUUCCGUCUUGGAAUUUCUGUCUGCUGCAGUGUUCGAUACAUGUCCUGUUGCUGCUUUCAUGAAGACAUGUUCCUUGCACCAAGAGCAGGUGUUGGAGGAAGAAAAGGAAAAACUGGACGAAAUGCCUCAUUCAGACGUGGUGCUGCUGGAAUCAGCAGUGACGGCCUGCCAAGCCGUGUUCCCCACCAAGGACGAAGCAGUUGGGCCACGUCUGCAAAAAAUCUGGAAUGAAGUCGAGGACACUGGACUCACCAAUGAACAGAGGAGGGCAAGAAACCGUGCGGUGGCGGCUGGAACAUACAAAGCUGAGGAUGCAACCCAAGCUCCAGUGGACCUUUUGAAAGAGAACCAGUCCUUGCAGCAGCUGGCUUCAGAGUAUUUUAGAUCAGAGAGACUUGAAAAGAUCAUCAGAGGCAAGUUAAGGCAUUCACUGUAGACUUGAUUGAAAAUGGAAUUUCACUACAUAAAUUAUUUCUUCAAAUUA